UAUAAUCAAAAUAAACUUUAUAUUAUAGCCCCCAUCGAAUCAUAUUUUCUAAACGAAUCAGACCUAAUUAAUCAAUCAACAUAACCAAAAAAAAAUAAAGGAGGAAUAAUUUGAAGAUGGAAGCAGCAAAGCAAACAGCAGCUAAUGUUGCCGCUUCAGCUAAGUCUGGCAUGGAGAAAACAAAGGCAGUUGUUACAGAGAAGACGGAGAAACUGACGACAAGUGACCCAGUGCAAAGACAAAUGGCAACAGAGAAGAAGGAGCAGAGAAUCCAUCAAGCGGAGAUGGAUAAGCUGGCGGCGAAGGAGCAGAACGCAGCCUCGAGACAAGCGGCUGCCACUGGAGGAACUACUGCUUAUACUGCUACCGGUGGUGGCAUCACCGGAACACAUGGCACGGCUACAGGUCACACUGGUCUCGGUCACACCACUACUGGUACUCAUGGUACUACCGCGAGUCAUACUGGUCUCGGUCACACCACUGGUACGCAUGUCCCAACCGCGGGUCAUGCUGGUCUCGGUCACACCACCGGGACACAUGGUACCGCGGGUCAUACUGAUCUCGGUCACACCACGGAUCAUACUGGUCUCGGUCACACUACUGGUACACGUGGCACUACACCAGGGCAUGCUACUGGUGUGAUGCCACGAGGCCUGGCAGCGGAGCACUCAACCGGGACCACAGGGAGCGAUUAUCUACCAGGGACCACCGCAGGAAGCGGAAGAGAUACGGUUCAAGGCCCUAAUACUGGUGGGCUUCAUGGUUCUGAUUCUGCCAUUUAAUUAGCUAGCUAGGAAGUUUUUCUUGUGAGAGUUGUAAGAUUUAUACUUCUAAUGUUAUGUAAACCGUGUAGCCUGAGUUUUUUACUUGUUUCUCAAAGAGUUUUUGAGUAGUGUACAUCACCCAUCUAGUCAUGUUUAUAUUAAGAUUUCAAAUUUCAUA